CGUUUUUGUAUUACAUCUAUUUAGGUUUAAAACUGGUUAUUUUCUUAUAGUUUUGGGUGUCCAUUGUCCUCUGUCAAUAAAAAUGCUAUUAUAUUUAAAGAACCAUUUUGUUUUUAUAGUUGUACUAAAAAUAAAGUAGAAGAAUAAAAAUGACAGAAGAGAACAUCGAAAUAGACGAUUCCCUGUACAGUCGUCAAAGAUAUGUACUUGGAGAUGGUGCAAUGCAGGAGCUGGCAAAAGCUCAUGUUUUGAUAGUUGGACUUGGAGGAGUUGGGGUUGAAGUUGCUAAAAAUGUUAUCCUGGCAGGAGUGAAGUCUGUCAGCUUGUUCGAUAACAAUGCAGUAAAACUGGAAGACCUUGGAACUCAAUUCUUUUUACGACAAGAAGAUAUUUCUAAUAACUUGACCAGUAGGGCUGUUGCAUGCUGCAAAAGAUUGCACGAGCUGAAUCCCUACGUAAACAUUGAUGUUGUUGAGAGUUUGGACAACAUUGAAAUAUUAACAAAAUAUCAGUGUGUUGUGGUGACAGAGAUGCUUUUUGAAGAUCAGGUCAAGAUGAAUGCAUUCUGUAGAACACAAAAUCCACCAAUCAGAUACAUUUCUUGCGAUGUGUAUGGAGUGUUUAGUUACUUGUUUUGUGAUUUUGGCGACAAGUUUCAGGUGUUUGAUUCAGAUGGUGAAGAAUCAAAGGAAAUCUUUAUGAAGUCAAUAACCAAGGAAAAUCCUGCAGUUGUUGAAACGUUAGAUUACCGAAGGCAUGGACUGGAGACAGAUGAUAGUGUUACUUUUCGUGAAAUUAAUGGAAUGACUUCAUUAAACUUCAAGACAUUUAGAGUUAAAUAUAUAAACCCCUACUCUUUCAGCAUCAAUUGUGAUACUACAAAGUUGAAUGACUACCUUCAUGGAGGAGUGUUCGUUAAAACGAAAGUCACAAAGACUGUCAACUUCUCAUCGCUUGCUUCCCAGUUGACUUCACCAGAUAUUUUAUUAAAUGACUUAUCAAAAUUGGAAACGCCAGUGCAGUUACUAAUUGGCCUAAUUAGUAUUAAUAAAUUUGCAAGCCAAAAUGGCAGCUCUUUUAAAGAUAUAAGUGUUAAGGUUGAUGAAGUGUUGAAACUUGCAGAGGAUUCCAAUGCUUUGAUGGAGUCUAAACAAAACAAAAUUGAUUCCGAACUUGUGUUGUCAUUAAUACGUACAUGCGAAGGAAAGUUGCCGCCUCUUUGUGCAUCAAUUGGUGGAAUAGCUGCACAAGAAGUUUUAAAAGCAGUGUCAGGAAAGUUUUCUCCUUUAAAGCAGUGGGUACUACUUGAUGCCAUGGAAGUAGCAAAUGAUGCAGACGUUACCAUCAAAACAUCCAGAUACUUCUCAUUAAAUAAAUGCUUAAAAUCAAGUUUGAUUGAAAAAUUAAAGUGCUUGAAAUUGUUUAUGGUUGGAUGUGGUGCUAUUGGUUGUGAAAUGUUAAAGAAUUAUGCCUUACUUGGUGUAAGCAUUGAUCCAGAUGGACUGAUCACAAUUACAGAUAAUGAUCUUAUAGAGAAGUCCAAUUUAAAUCGACAGUUCCUUUUCAGGCCAUGGCACAUACAGGCAACAAAAUCAGUAACCGCUGCUGAAGCUACCAAGGAAAUAAAUCCAGAUUUGCAUAUUUUGGCGCACCAGAAUAAAGUAUCAUCUGCAACACAGGAGGAAGUAUACAAUGAUGCAUUCUUUGAGAAACAAGACAUAAUUGUGAAUGCUUUGGAUAAUAUCGAAGCCCGAAGAUAUGUUGAUGGUCGAUGUGUAGCUAAUAAAAGGAGUUUGUUAGAAACUGGAACAAUGGGACCCAAAGGUCAUGUGCAGGUUAUUGUGCCGUAUGUGACAGAGUCUUAUUCAAACCAGAGAGAUCCUGCAGAUGAAGACGUACCGUAUUGCACUUUGAAAUCAUUCCCACAAGUCAUAGAACAUACUAUUCAAUGGGCAAGAGAUAAGUUUGAAAGUCUGUUUACUUUAAAGCCAAGCAGUUUUAACAAAUUUUGGGAAAAUUAUCCUGAUCCACAACAACUGGUGCAAAAUUUAAGUGACAGCAGUCAAGCUCCCGACGGAUUUGGAGAUGCUGCUAGAUUGUUACAAAAGAAGCCAUCUGAUUGGACUUCUUGUUUGGUACUAGGUCGUGAAAAAUUCGAGAGAUAUUUCAAUCAUAAGGCGCUACAGUUGCUUCACAUGUUUCCAUUGGACACAAAGCUUUCCGAUGGAUCUUGGUUUUGGCAAUCACCAAAGCGCCCUCCAACACCAAUCGACUUUUCAGAAAAAAACUUAACACAUCUUCAGUUUGUUAUUAGCUAUGCAAAAUUAGUGGCUAGAGUAAAUGAUGUUGAAGUAAAACCUGAGGAUUUACAUGAAGAUUAUAUUUUAAGAAUUAUAAAUGCAGUCAAAGUUCCUGAAUUUAUAGCUUCAAAUAAGAAAAUUGAAGUGGAGGAGGGUGACAAACCAGAAAAACAACAAAAAAUAGACGAAGAUAAAAUUAGCUUAUUGAUAUCGUACUUAAGAGACAAUAAUGUAGCAACUCCAAGCAAGUUAUCAAUAGAACAUUUUGAAAAAGAUGAUGAUGCAAAUAGUCAUAUUGAUUUUAUCACAGCAGCUUCUAAUUUGCGAGCAGUCAUGUAUAACAUUGAACCAGCUGAUAGAUACAAAACGAAGCGCAUCGCUGGAAAGAUUAUUCCAGCCAUUGCUACAACGACAGCAGCAAUAGCUGGAUUGGCAUCCAUUGAGCUAUUAAAAGUUGUUGAUCAGCAACCACUAGAAAAUUUAAAGAAUUGUUUUCUUAAUCUGGCACUACCCAUGAUGGUGUUAUCCGAACCUGGUGCAGCUCCGAAAACUAGAAUUACUAAUGACAUAGAAUUUACUUCGUGGGAUCAUUGGGAAGUGCACGGACAUAAAGAAUACAAGCUAAAAGAUUUUAUUCGACAUUUUAAGGAUAAAUACAAACUUAAUAUUAGCAUGGUUUGUCAGGGUGUUAAAAUGAUUUAUGUACCUGUAAUGCCUGGUCACAAGAAGCGUGUAAAUGAUACUAUGUUGAAACUGUUGAAACCUGGAAAAGAUGAAAUGUAUACAGAUUUGGUCAUUGCAUUCGAAGCAGAAGUCGUUACUGAUGAAUAUGAUGAUGAUUUGCCAGCUCCUCCAGUGCGAUAUUUUUACCAAAGCACGUGAAAGCAAUGUGGUUUUCUCAUGAAUUAUACUUUAAUUUUAUUUAGAAAUUGUUUUCAGUUUUAACUAUUAUUUUCUUUCAACUUGUUCGAACAUGGCGAGAUAUUUACAAAAAUUCAAAUAUUUUGAUCAACUAGUGUAGAAGACACAGUAGAAAUCCAAUUUAUUAGAUAUGUUGUUCCAAAUAAUUUAUCUUUAAAAUUUCUGCAUGGUGGAAAAUAUUACAUAAAGAAGGAUAUCCUAAUUUUCAUUUGAGCAAACCCUUUGAUUAUUAUGACUCGCCAAUAUUAUUUGAAAGCAUCGUGCUUGUUAUAAUAAAAAAGUUUUUAUAUGGUUGAAUUUUUUUAAAGCACAACAAUCUUUGGCACGGUUGAAUAAGGAACGUAAGUGUUUUUGUGAACUUUUUUAUAAUUUUUUUAUAACUACACAAUACUAUUAAAGCAUGUCAAUAAAAAAACGCAGCCAAGUUUUUCGUAGUGUUUUUUUUAUAUUUUUUACUUGCAUUUUUUUAUCUAAAAAAAUUUUAAUUUAUUCAGUUUAGUUUUCACUUGUUGCAGGACAGUUUAUUUCCUUACUAAAUAAUAGACCCUAAGCAGUUUUCUUCGUUCGUAUGCUUUUAAGGGAUAUGGUUGUAUAGUAGUUUGGAAGAGUAAUAGUCACGUGGUUAUGUAAAAAUAUUUAACACUUGCUUUACAAAUCUGAAAUACAUUUUUUUUGAUUCGUUUGUUAA